AUGCCAUUACUUUUCAUGUCCAAGAGGAUCGGUGAGAAAAUUGGGGCGUCGUUAGGGAAGCUAAUGGAGGUUGAUGUUGCCGAAGAAGGUGUGGGCUGGGGACAGUGCUUGCAGAUUCGAGUGGUUUUGUACCUAACAAAACCUCUUGAUAGGGGAAGGGCCCUCAAUUUGCCAGGAAAAUCCUACUGGGUUAUCUUCAAAUACGAGAAAUUACCAUCAAUGUGCUUCGACUGUGGUAGAAUCAUCCAUGGAAAAAAAAGAUGCCCUAUACAAAGGAGUACCAGAUGGAGCUCACCAGAAGACAAAAAGCAAUGGGGAGUUUGGCUUCAGGUGGACGACAGAAGAAAGCGAACCGACAGUGACUUCCAUGCUCCAGCAGGUGACGAGGGAUGGCAGCGCAGCCAGGAGGGGGAAAGGGUUGCAGGUGACGGCCACCUCGGGAAACACAAGGUGAAUAUGGGAACUUCCGGGGCUCACGGUAGCCCUAGUUCAGGGACCAAUAGGAGUUAA